AUGUUUGUGUUCCAAGUGAUGGAAAUUCGGCAAAGAUUUGUCCAUUAUCAGAUUAAACUUUAUUAAAAGAUGAUUCAACUACAAAUCAAGUAUAAAUUAUACCUAAAGAUGCAGAUCUGGUUAGAAUUCAACUCCAUGUUUUAAAGAUGUUACAACUUCAACUUUUGAACCUUAAUAAUCACAUUCAUAUAUUAACAAACCAUCUAUUAAAUCUGAUAAAUUUGGUAGCUUUAAAAAUGAAACUAUUAAAAUGAUAGCUAAAAAGAUUCUUGAAGAAAAUGGAAUUGGAAUUGAAGAUAUUUAUUUAUAAAAUUUAUGGUUCAAUAUUAUUAUCUUUUCGAUUUGUGUUGUUGCACUUGUUUAUUUAUUUAUUUCUAUAUAAUUGAAAACAAAGUAAAGUAUUUAUUUUUAGAUAUUUAUAAUCUACAAUCUUUAAAUGUAUAAAUAAAUAUUUUAAUUCAAACUCAUUUAUAUUAAAUUCUAUCUACAAACUAAUUAAAAAUCCUACAACAUCAUAAAUUAAGUAACAUAGAAUAUUGAUUCUUAUUUCCAUCAUAGUAGCUAUUUUAUGUAUCUUAUUCGGAUCCCUCUAUUUCUAUCACAUGAACGAGGAGGAUAUAAAUAUAAUUUAGUAUAUUAAAAUAGAAUUCUUUAAAAAAUUUUGAUAAAAAAACAAGUUAUAUAUUGA